AUGGAGAAAGUGUACUUUCAAGGGCUCAGGUUUUUAGGUGGUUUAAGGCAUUUUCUGAAGGCAGAGAGGCGAUUGAAGAUGAACCUCGCAGUGGAAGACCUUCAACUGCAAAAACUGAUGAAAACCUCAUCAGAGUUUGAGAUCUUGUCCGAUCCGAUCGUCGGUUGA